AUGGGUAUCAGUCAGCAGGUGGACAGACAGAGGGAUGUCCCGGUCCUGGCAGUGCGACCCGCGGACAUGGAGGACGCAAGACUGGACUUUAUAGGAGACUAUGUGCUGAGGACUUUCAAACUGAAACAAGACAAAUGGCAGAAGUGCGUGUCCAGCGAGGACAACAGGCAGGUGCUGCAGGAGUUUUUGGACAGCGCCGAGCGGAGGACUCUGGUGGUGUCUGUGAGCGCGGCCGGGUUGCUACAGCCCGCCGCAGGCUUCACAGCCGGCUGUAAGAGCAAGGCGGUGUACUUUGUGAAGCAAAGCAGGACAGCGCUACGUCUAGAGUCCAUGAAGGACAACUUGGUCUACGGGGACUUGUCUUACGCUCCACUGGAUCACUUUUCUGCUCUAGUUGAGGAGGUUGUGGCCCCACUGCUGUCUAACAGCAAAAACCAAAUUGAAUGGCCCAAGGUUGUGUGUCAGGACGUCUUACGCCAUGUCCACUCCCUCAAGACCAAUGUGUUUGUGGUGUCAGGCCAAGUCCAAGGCAAAACGCUGCUGCCUCUCCCUGCAGGCUCCGAGAGAGUAGAGCAAGCUGCUUUGGAGAUGGACAAAAGGGGGGAAAUUGUGGAUAAGAGUAUCAUCCACUCCUUGGAGUCAGCAGUGAUUGAGUGGAGCCAUCAGAUCCGCGCCGUCCUGAAGAAAGACUCCUCUGAGGCUCUGCUGGAGGGCAAAAACCCCACUCCACACACAGAGCUGCUCUUCUGGAAGAACAGAUAUGCAGACCUGGAAUGCAUCCACUCGCAGUUAAAAUCCUCAAAGGUGAAUAAGAUGGCAGUGCUGUUGGAGGCUGUGGAGAGCAGCUAUUCCCCUGCUUUUACUAAUAUGCAGCAAGAUGUCCUUGCAGCCUUGGAGGAGGCAAAGGACAUCUGCACCUACCUGAGGCCCCUGCAGCGCCUGUUUGAGGACAUGGAGAACGCAGAGUUUCCUGAUGUUAGGAGUCAGAUCGGCCCUUUGAUGCACACAGUGUGCCUGGUGUGGGCCAACUCCAGAUACUACAACACCCCAGCACGCCUCAUCGUUCUGCUGCAGGAGACCGCCAACCUCCUCAUACAACAGGCCCAGGUUUAUAUAGUCCCAGAGGAGGUUCUGAAAGGAGAGAUUUCAGAGAGUCUCCUGAAGGUGCAGACGAGCCUGGAGAUUCUGCAGCUCUUCAGGAGCACCUACGAGGACCGGAGGGCCAAUCUAAGCCAGUACCAGAGGAAUGGGAGCUUUGUGAGGCCUUGGGACUUUUCCCCACUGUUGGUCUUUUCCAGACUUGACCGUUUUAUCAACAGAGUCAGGACCAUUAAAGACAUCCUGUUUACAGCUGUGGACCUGCUGAAGCUUGAGAAAUUGGAAAUUGGAGGCGUCCGAGGCCGAGCGCUCAGCCAGCGGGUCCAGUUGCUCCACCAAGAGUUUGCGGACAUGUACAAAUUGUUCACAGACAAGCCUUAUGACUGCUUGGACCUCGACAACAGGGAGUAUGAAGAAGACGCGAGGGAGUUCAAACUUAAGGUGGAUGACACAGACCGACGACUAGGAGCCAUCUUUUGCCAGGCCUUUGAGGAUGCCUCUGGACUUGAGCAUGCCUUCAAGGUUGUGGAUAUGUUUGGUAGCUUGCUGGAGCGCCCCUUAGUGGCCACAGAUGCUCUGGACAGAUACCCCCUCCUCGUCUCCAUGUUUGACAAAGAGCUGGAUGGCUGUAAACGCCUUUACAACAAACACAUCCAAACGGCAGAGGAGCAGGGUUGGACUCCAGUGAAUAAGAACAUGCCAGCUGUAGCUGGUGGGCUGAGAUGGGCUCAGGAGCUACAGCAGCGCAUCCAGACCCCCUUCUCCAAAUUCAGACACCUUUCCUACCCGUGA